CAAAACAUGGCGGACGUCGAAGAUAGAUUGGAGUCGCCAAUUUGUCAGACCACGAUCGGCCUUGGAUCGCCGAGAGAUGGAACGCCUAACAGCUUUUGUAGUACACCAGAACUUGAGAUAAUAGGGAAUGAAAGCUGUUCAGUAAACGAUUCAAAACAAUCCCCUAAUCGCGAAGGUUCUCCUGCGUUCAUUUCGUCUGAGACUAGUUUAUCUAACGAAGCUAACACUACUCUGAUACGUCCCAAAAUUAAAGAAUUAGGCAAUUUCAAAGGGCCAUCUACAGGAGUGGACUUGAAGGAGACAAGGAGAGAAGGAUCUAAAUCUUCUGUAAAUAAGGAUCAAUGUGGUGUAGAAUGCAAGUGGAUUUCUUGCCAUGUUAUUUUAAAAAACGCUAUUGAAUUAUCGGAACACGUCAAGACUGCUCAUGUUGAGCCAAUGUCUAAACAUCAAGACGUCUUCGUCUGUUUGUGGGAAGGCUGCAAAGUGUUUGACAAACCGAGUUUAUCACACACGUGGCUUGCGAAGCAUGUAAACGUUCAUACUGGUGCUAAGCCAUUUAAGUGUAUGAUAAGUGGAUGCUCCAUGACAUUUUCUUCGAGAGAGGGUCUUGCCAGGCAUGUGCCCUCGCAUUUUAAUGACGCUAAGCCCACAAAAAGACAGAAGUCAGAUAACGAUUCCUCGCCCAAGAAAGUAAUGAAAAAGAAAAAGAAGAAAAUGAAGAACCUUCGGCAGGCGAAACCACCGCCUCAAGUUAAGGAAGAUUUCAUUGACCAGCAUGCAGUAAGCAGCAUAAAAGAGAAGCUACCACAUGUGAUGCCUGUGUCAUGCUACAGACUUGGCAUUGAUGGUGCAAAUAUUGUUUUUCAAAGUAAGGUUCUUGGAAGAAGAACAGAAGAGAAGUCUGGGGAGGAAGAUGUACUUCUAAGAUGGCUUCCAGAAGAUAUAUUACCAGAUGAGUGGGUUCCUUUAAAUGAGGUUCAAAAGCAUAGGACACGAACUGUACACAUCUCUCAGCUCCCAAACGACGUGGCCGCUGAUUUGGAUCCCUCGUUCUACAGACAAUUGUCCCACAGAAAACACCACCGCAAAUGAUUAUCGCAGUUUGUUACAAAGUGUAGCAUUUAUAGAGAUCUUAGUCCUUUACAUGCUUUCAAAGUUAUGAUACUCUUGAGAAAAGAAAUCCCUCUUGACCAUCAAAGCUAAUCGGUGUUACCAUUGGGCUAGCUUUCACACUCUCCUUGAUUGCGUUAGAAAACUCUAAGCACUCUUUCCACCAAUCGUAUGCAAGAGUAAACCCAGCCAUGAUUUUCUCAAGGACGAGGGCGUUAUAUGUGUCUACUUUCAGUUCGCUUUAGGCUCCUGGAGUUCUUACACGUUACUUUGUUCUGGUUGGCCAUUGUAAAUACGCUGGUUUUGGUUUUUACGACUUCAGUGGAUAAAGGCUUCAAUUUAGCUGACGCUCUCUCUCAAAAUUCUAACUUUUCUUUCUCCUUUCUCUUCACGGUCACAGCUUUUCUGCUCGUGUAUUUAUAAACCUCUUUUGGAGAUUAUUGCUGUCAUUUCGUUUUCAUUUUAAAGUUAGGUUACUUUUAUCGUUCUGUGCGACUGUCAUCCGACUUUGUUCUUAACUCGUCCUACAAACGUUUAUUUUUGGAAUAAGUAGCUUAGAUGAGGUGAACCGUCUCUCAAAACUAACUUAUGCUUUUGUUAUCUUUGUGAGGCGUGUAGAAAUUGUGGGCUUUCUUUGUAAUGGGGCGCUUUCUGUGAACUUUCUUGGAUGACAGAUUAUUCCAUCGGCUUUCUUAAUGCAACUUGUCAAAUUAUACAUUUGUAAAUAGUUACACAAAGAGACUAUCGGGGUUUGGACAGGCGCAAAUAUUUUCGUCAUCUCCUCUUGUGUUUACGCCUGGCUGUCUCGAAAUACGUAGGGGAUUAAUCGUGAUAAAUUAGCAAAGCUUCUAGUUUAUUGUACAGGCAGCACUGCGGCGUGGAUAACUGCAGUACUGAAGUGAGUUUAAUAUCUAUUUCUAUUUAUUUGCUGCAAUAUAUUUUGUUCACACAUGACAGAGUUUAUGAAUAAAGCUAUACUGUACAUAA